CCGAUCACUGGUAGACCCAUUGCCGCUUCCUUUUUCGGUUGGGUUGAUGGGCAGGUAGAGGGUCUGUUAUCAGUUCGAUUCUUGUGGACGUUACGUCUCUGGUGGCAAGUUUGCUCUUUUUCUCUCUUUAGAGGGAAAUGGCAGGUGGGAAGAAGACGUACGACUUGGAGUUCACGCCUACAUGGAUCAUUGCCGCUGUUUGUUCUGUCAUCAUCAUCCUCUCCCUUCUCUUUGAAAGGGGGCUUCAUCACCUUGGAGAGUUAUUGAACAAGAGGAACCAAAAAUCGCUGUUUGAAGCAGUUCUCAAGGUUAAAGAAGAGCUGAUGCUGAUGGGCUUCAUCUCCUUCUUGCUGUCGGCCUUCCAAGCGCCUCUCAACUGCAUCUGCAUCCCAAGCAGCUACUUCGAUCAUAUGCUGCCGUGCAGGAGGAAAGAGUUCGGAUCAGUGUUUUGGCAACACCAUCUCGAAGACCAAAAAUACGAAAACCACUGCGAGAAGAAGGGGAAAGAACAACUGUUAUCAACUGAUGCAAUACAUCAGCUGCACAUUUUUAUCUUUGUCUUGGCCAUUACCCAUCUUUCUCUCACCGUUGUGACCAUAUGCUUGGGUCGUUUGAAGAUUCUUCAGUGGGAAGCCUGGGAGAACUCGAUUGUGGAAGAGGCUGACAAUAGCAGAUCCAAAAUCACACAUGUUCUGAGCGAUCAGUUUAUCAUGGAGCACUACAAAGCAUUAAAAGGCCAUUCAUGCGUACUAAGUUGGUUGCAUUCCUUCUUUAAACAAUUCCAUGCAUCAAUAACCAAGAUCGGUUACAGAACACUGCGUUUGGGAUUCAUAAUGAUGCACUGUGGAGGGAACCCGCAAUUCAAAUUCCACAAGUUUAUAAUGCGUGCAUAUGAAGAUGAUUUUAAGAAAGUUGUUGGUAUAAGUUGGUAUCACUGGCCAUUUGUCGUUGUCCUCCUGUUGAUGAAUGUUGGAGGGUGGCAGACACUUUUCUGGAUGACACUUAUUUCUUUACUACUUCUGUUAGCUGUGGGUACAAAACUUGAACAUGUAAUCAGUCAGUUGGCCAAAGAAGUUGUGGAGAAACACACUGCAAUGGAAGGAGAGCUGGUAGUUCCACUCUCAGACCGUCACUUCUGGUUCAAAAAGCCUCGCCUCGUCCUCCACUUUAUUCACUUUAUCCUCUUCCAAAAUGCAUUUCAGAUUGCCUUCUUCUUUUGGUUGUGGGUCACCUAUGGUUUUCGCCCUUGCAUUAUGGGGAAGCUCCACUUUCUCAUUCCAAGAUUAAUUUUUGGGGUGAUUAUCCAAGUUAUAUGCAGCUUCAGCACCCUCCCAAUCUAUGCCAUCGUCACCCAGAUGGGAGACUCAUUCAACAGGAUGAUUUUUUAUGAACAUGUCCAAGGGACCCUUGUUGGAUGGGCCGAAAAGGCUAGAAGAAAAAAUGCUGCCGGUCCGAUGAGCAACCGUGCCUCACCGUCAAUGUCUUCUUACACCCAAGCCGCUCACACAGGAAACAGGUCGCCUAAUGAGGUUCAACUACAAGAAGCCCCUUUGGUCCAUGCAGUUCCGACCAAUACUCCAGCGACAGGCAGACUCGAAGCAUCACCAGCCAAGAAAAUACAUGCAGAGGAAAUUGCUCCGUGAAACCCAAGCAGGCGUCGCCUAGACUAUGUUUACCAUAUGUAUCACAGUAUUUGCCAGUACUCUGCAGAGCAUGUCUACUUGAACUCAGCAUGAGGUUGACUCAUCUAAGUUUGGACGAACCUACCAAUAAGUGAAGCUUGUGCUCUAGCCUAUUGUUCUGUUCUAUCUUGUAUAAGUAAUGAGUCGAACAUGAGCUUCAGUCCUCAAGCUCGACUAGGAUCUGUGAAAUUUGUAACAGUUGCCAGUACGUUAUAUAAUCAUAUGGUGCCUUCAUUUCUCUUCUCA